GUGUUUCUGUUCGCAACCUGCGGUCUCAAUUUGACCAUGAUUCACUACGGCAUGGGCCGCCAUGCAGACGAGCUACCAAGCGCGAACGUCACGAAAAUUGCCAAGCUGCUCAUGGCGUUCGAGUGCGUCUACUGCACAACAGUAGGAAUCAUCAAAGUGUCCAUCCUCCUCAUGUACGCGCGCAUCUUCCCCACGCGGAACUUCCGGCUGGCCGCCAUCAUCCUCGGCGGCAUCGCGGUCGGCUGGGUGCUGGCCAUCAUCUGCGUGAGCGUGUUCCAGUGCGACCCGAUCGCCAAGGCCUGGAACCCGACUCUUCCGGGCAGUUGCAUCAACCUCAAGGGAUCCUUCAUCGGCAACGCGGUGCCGAACAUUGUGACCGAUGUGGCCAUCCUCUCGCUGCCGGUGCACGUGGUCUGGGGGCUGCACGCCUCCCUCACGCAUCGAUUGUCGGUGAUCACAGUAUUUCUGCUAGGCAGUUUGUACGUUUCCUUCCACCCGAACCUCCAAAAUCUCGCACACCUUCACCACCCCUCAAUCCUACCAACCACCUCUAUCUCUAGGGGAGAUCAUAGGUCAGGCCAGCGAUGGCAUACGCUGACACGCAUAUCACGCCCGCAAAAACAGCGUCGUAUUCACCAGCGCCUACCGCUUCUCCACGCUCUUCCAAUUCGAGCCCGCGGACACCACCUGGACGCUCGCCAAGGCAUGCACCUGGUGCCUGAUCGAGUGCGCAAGCGGGAUCAUCUCCGGCUGUCUGCCGACCCUGCGGCCGCUGUUCGUGGCGCUCUCGUCCACGUUCGCGAGCAGCGUCGGCGCCUCGGGCGCGCGCACCACGGGCACCGAGGGCAAGGGCUCCGAGCUGCAGAGCUUCGAAGGCGCCAACCGGAUCCUGCGGCCGCCUGGCGAGCACCUGUCCAAGCAGCUCGUGUCGCUGGAUGUCAGCCAGCGGGAUGACGCGUCCGGGGAUGAGGUGCCGCUAAAUACGAUCCGCGUACAGCGCGACAUCACUUGGCAGGAGACGAGAAAGGUGAGCUCGCGAGGGUGGAGAUGAUGAUGAUACUGAGACUCCUAACUGGACACAAUGAGAAGUGGUAUGGUUGAUCAGGCGGGUCACACCACUAUUGACCGGGUGGAUUGGACUCGAAGACAUACAGCCCCGACGGUUCGACGGAUCGAGUGGACUCUCAAAUACGAUCAACAGGAACUCUCAAUGCAUCUGUCCAAAUGUGUAAUGUAGAUAAAAGUAUCCAUGAUGUCUGUUCCGGUAGGCCCGAGCCGCGGACGAGCCAUGGAAGGCGACAUUUCUGCCAUCUCUUUCCGCUCUACAGCUGACCUUCUGAUCAUCGUCUGAGAUUCAGAACAGACUGUCUCUUACUUGAUAGUUCA